AUGACAAGAAAACUACAAGCCAGUGGACAAACGAUUUGUGCUCCAGGGUCUUCUAUUGUAACGUCGUCUAUUCCUACCCCAUCAUCUCAUGGUCUUAUUGAUGCGAUACUUGAUAAAGUAGAGGAAGAUGGUUUUCUGCCACCGAAGAAACAACAUGAUUUUCUGUCCAAUUUGACUACAAAGAAUACACUUGUGAAUCGAGGAGCUGGAUUCAAGUCAAAGAUACUUGCAUACCCGUCGUCGUUGGAAAGUGCUAGUGCAGUGAUACCGACAAAGACGGACGUUUUCAAGCUAGAUACAGGUUCUUGUGAUUGGAUACAUAUGAGAAUGCAGCAGUCGCAGUCGCCAGUAUCGAAAUCAGGGGUCGUGUUGACGCCCGUGACGAAGAGAGCAAAGGUUCCACAUGCACGCAAAUCGGCAACGCCACUGAUUCGUCAUUAUGCGUUACGAGAUCGAAUUCGACCGGCGUUAUUUUCCGAGUUUCCGCCUGUACCAACGCAGUCUUUUGUGGCGAGAACCCAUCAAUCCGCGAGAUUGGGGAAACGAAAGAUAAGUAGUGAAGGAUCGGCAGCCAAGCCAAUUGCACUGGACUCGGAUACCGAGUCAGAAGCAGAAGCAAAGGCAGAAGUGCAGAGGCAAUCCGACAGUGCUGUCAUCAGUGAUAUGAAGAUUGUUGACGAAGGAAUGAGUGAACGGAAGAACAAUGCAACAAAGAUGGAACUUGAGGGGAAGCAGACUGUAUCUGCCUUUGAUGCCAUUGUGUUACACACCAUUGCGCAGAUUGCCAAUUGUGAUGUGAUGAUUGGGCUCUUUCAGUGCGUUGUCGACCUAUUCUUUCAGGACGAUCAGAUGUAUAUGAAAAAUAUUCGAGGAAAGUACGAGAAUUGGCCUUUCAAGCAGGACUACCUGCUGGAAUAUAAACACUUGCAGGAUGUGAAAGUAUACAGCGUAUCUAAGGAUAUCAACGCAAGCGUUGAAGUCGGAGUCAGCGCGACUGACCGCAUGAGACAGUUGUUAGAGGAAGUAUCGUAUAUAGCUUUUAAAGCGCCGAUGUCAGAGGAAACUGAUCACGCUGCAGUAAGCACUUUUUAUGAUCCCUCGGGUUCCGAUGUCUCGAAAGGAUACAUGGUCAUCCGUCCAUUAGAGGAUGCUUCGGGUGAUGACUUGAGUGAUAUCAAGGAUAUUCUACAAUGUCAUGCCAACAUACAACUAAUAGAUGACAAGGAACAAGCGAAAGAUUACCUUCAAGCUUUGAUGAAAGAGCCGUUUAAUUAUAGGUCAAGUCGGCGCUCUCGGCGGCGAAGGAGCGAUGCUGCGGACACCGCAUCAGAAUCGGACGAAGAUGGCACUGAUGGCAGCGUUAUUGUGCUAACGUACCCGUUGCCGCCUUGCACGAUUGAUGUUGUAACAAUUGUUCGGCACGAUGUGUCGCGGCUGAAGCCCAGGCGGUACCUGAACGAUAACAUUAUCGAUUAUUAUUUUAAACGUAUGAUACUGAAGACCUUUCAAAACAACGAGCUUGUUCAGGAAAAGGUGCUCUGCCUAAGCUCGCAUUUUUACUCCAGGCUACGAGCUGGAAAAGGCUCUACGGCAAGUGGACGUAUGGAGGCCGGAUACAAGAAUGUGUCGACGUGGCUUGCGCGAUCGAAUGUAUUCAAUCGCUCGAUCAUAUUUAUUCCCAUCAAUAAGGACUUGCAUUGGAGUCUUGCCGUCAUUUUGAAUCCUGGCAUUGCCGGAACUGGUCGCAGUGAUGAGGAAGCCUUCUCGUGUAUUGCUGUGCUGGAUCCACUUGGAUCAUAUCAUUGUAAAGCAGCGAUUAUUCGCAAUUUAAGAGCAUUUUUACGAAUGCAGUGGCACAAUUUGCAAGAACAACGUUUGAGCAAUAGUGAAGAAACACCAUUGAUGUCAGAAUAUCAAGUCGAACGUGUGGUGACUCUGAACGUGAAGACUCCACUUCAAGAAAACAGUUAUGAUUGUGGUGCUUACGUAUUGAAAUUUGCUGAGGUGAUGUUGAAGAAUUGCUUGGAGCUUGGUCUGCUAGCUCUGAACAAUGGAGUGAUUAGCAAACAUGUGACGAAUAAUCAUCUUGAGGCUUUGAUCACGUCAAAUGCAUUUUCUGCUGAGGACAUUACGGCUAUCAGACACGAAAUUUUACAGUACAUUGAAGUGGAUGCAAGUAAGUACCAGAUAAUCAAGAAAGAAAAGGCAUCUCGGAUAUAG